AUGUUUGAAGAAUUUGCAAUUGGGAUAAGUUUCUCACCUUAUCCUGUAUCUAAAGAGUUUCUAGUAGCCUUUCUUGCUUGGCUUGAGGUAUCGAGUAGAAUAACAGAGAUGUCAAUUUGCUUAGCAGCAGUGACAAGAAAGCAUAAAGUUAGAAAUCUUAAAAACCCAAUAAAGAGUGACUCAGUUUGUUUAAUAAUAGAAGGAGUUGUAGCACAA